AUGCUCACAGCAUCGCGCAGGGCUCUGCGAUCCACCCUGGAUGCAUGUCUUUCCCCUUGGGGACUUCUCGAUUGGCUCAGGCUUCUCUGGUGCAUAACUGUCCUUUGGUAUGAGCUCGCGUCCUUCGCUUGGUCGCUCAGAGCGUGUUCCUGGCCAGACGCCCUUCUAUCGCCGGUGCGUCGGUCUAGUCGAGAACGGCCGGCUCACAUAUUACUGGUCGCGGACCCUCAAGUACGGGAGCUGUCAACGUCCAGGGCUGCGGGAUUUGCCGCGGUUCGCCUGCAUCUUACCGAGCUCGCACUCAGACGCAACUGGUUCUUUGCGUCGCGGCGGAACCCUGAUGUUGUCGUUUUCUUGGGCGACAUACUCGCCUCAUGGAGAUUGAUCAGGUCUGACGAAGAUUACAGGCGCAAUUACGACAAGUUCGUGGAUAUAUUCCGCUCGGAUCGGCGCAUACCGUCGUACUUUGUACCUGGGAACAAUGACGUUGGGCUGAACAUUGAUCCGUCAGCUGCUCGCGAGGCCCGCCGGCGAUUCACAACCCAUUUUGGGCCUCUUAAUCAUAAAAUACAUGUUCACAACCAUACGCUUGUAAUGUUAGAUGCUGCUGGACUGGUAGAAGAGGACUAUCUGAGAGCAGCGAAGUACAUUGAUUACGAUCACUGGUCUCCAUUGCCGCAUGGCCCGGUUGAAUUCGUCCACUCCUUACGAGAAGAAAGCGAACGCUAUCCGGACAUCCUAUUUACGCACAUCCCACUCCAUCGACCGGAGACGGCAUCUUGCGGGCCACUCCGCGAGAAAGGGUCGAUCCGCCGCGGUGUCGGACCUAACUAUCAGAACAUGCUAGAUAAGAAGACGACCACCUUCUUGUUACAAAGCAUAACCCCAGAAAUCGUUUUCAGCGCCGAUGACAAGGACUACUGCGAUUACGUGCACGUCCCUCCACGCGCCGUCAUAAAGGCGGUGGACGGCGACUCUCAGGAGGCGAACGACGCCCAGCAUCCGGUCGUGCAGAAUGUCCGUGAGAUUACUAUCAAAGCAUUCUCGCCGUCCCCCGAGAUUAGACAUCCUGGCUUCCAAUUACUAUCCCUGGCUCCUCCUUCCUCCGCCGAUCACUUUGAGCCGUCUUUGGCUACCACGCCUUGCUUCCUCCCUGAUUACCCUUCGGCAUACACCUGGCGCUAUAUACCCCUGUUCUUCGUGACAACCCUGGUCCUCGUCUUGCUCCGUCGUAAGCAGCGCUCUCCAUCUCUCCCUACACAUCGGCAAUCCAUCUUCCGCCGGUCGAUUUCGCUUAGUACCCUCCCGCCUGUACCAUGGACCCCUCUCCCGCAUCCGUCGACGCCCUUCUCCUCAGACUGGUCCCCCAGCACGCCAGGCUUCUUCACCCCCCGGCCGCGCUCCCCGCACUCAGCGAAGAGCAUACCGAGCCCUACCGAAGAGUUCCCCAGGGGCUCCCUCCGCGCGCCCCUUCUGAGCGCUCGCACCUCGAAUGGGGACGCCGAGCCGCUCCAGACGACGCCCACCCUUCGUGCGACCGCGCAUUCGGACCCCGACGCCGGCGGGAGCUCCCAGCACCUCCCCACCGGUCCCACGCACAUCGAGGCGGACGAGCUCGAGGACGACUUCGCGUAUGGCCUCCAGCGCCACGCCCAGCCGUUGCGGUACAAGAUCGAUCGCGGAGACGAACCCCUCGGAGUGGUUUCGGACGGACUCGGGAUUACGUUCACCCUGAACGGGCAGAGACGGCGGAUCUCGCUGUGGAACCCUCUCAAGUGGCGGCAGCGCAGACGGAUCCCGAGUGGUGGGGGUGUAGGGGCGCGGAGGCGGAGCGGCAAGCGGGCGUUCUUGAAGAGGGUCGUGAUGGACUUGGGGUAUAUCGUGUGGCCGGCGGCGCUGCUUUGGCUUGGUCUGAGAUGGCUGAUGGCUUGAACGGCCGCGCGCGAGGGACAGAACUGACAGACCUUGGACCACGACAUAUCACUAUGCACGUAUUGAUGGCCACCUUGAGAAGGCAAGGACUCUGCUCGCAGUUACGUAUAUUUAGAUGCAUAGACUAUGUAGCGCUUGGAUAGACGUGUUGAGAC